CCGCAUAAAGCACUUGCAGAGUUCUGGAGACUUGGAGCUCUUCAGAAGCAGAGCAUUCCACAAUGGAAAAAGUCAUCAAUGCAGUGAAAUACCUGGAUGCCCUUUCCCAACACUUCCAUAUAUACAUAAGAAGAGCUUUCUGGCUUUCCUUGUUGCAAUGGGCAUCACUGUGACACUGGGUGAUGCAUACUGCUUUUCUAAGCUUAACAAGCCACCGUAUACUGAUGAAGGCUGUGUGCUGAAUGGAAAAGUAUACCCAUUUGGAGAGACUGAGAGGACAGCAAACUGUUUCAGAUGCAGCUGCAGCCGAGAUGCAAUACGUUGUUGCUCCCUCUUUCAUACUCCUACUGGUUAUGACAAAGAGAACUGUAAAGUAAUUUUCAACAAGCAAAGCUGUGACUAUGACGUGGUGCAGAAGAGUGACCCCUCAAAGGAGUGUGUUGUCUAUUCUCGUGUGGGCUAACAACCCAUCUGCUCUGAAUGUCUCUGCACUGUGGAAUUCCUCCUCUUCCUAUAGAUGCUUUGCCAUCACAGAGAAGCUCAGAGACAUGGGAGAUCUUGUAAGAGAGAGCUCACUUCUAAUCUCCUAAUUAUUCUAAUUCACUAUAUAAGGUGCAUAAUCAAAUAGAAUGUCUCAUUUCAGUCAUUAGUUGCAUUGGUAUCACUGAGCUUUUUUGAAUAAAAUAAAUCCAGAUGAAACAUCCAGAAA